AUGGGACUAGGCCCAGAUGGACUUUCAGGUGGAAAUGGACCUUUGGACGGAAAUGGGUGUAACACUUUGGAGAUGGGUACAUACUCUCUUUUGGUCAAUGAUUUCGACAAUAGUGGCCAAUGUUUUGGUCUCGUCAAUCAAGACAAUACGACCAACUUCAACGAAUCUCCAGUUGACAGCUUGAACAGUGGUAGACAUGGUGCUGAUUUGUAUGUAUGGAGAAGAAGUUCUGAAGAGCGCUUGAAAAUUUUUUUUGUUAGAGAGUGCGACAGACCACAGGAGUGCAGACAGACGCGGGAGGUGAAGUCGAGGGGGUACGGGUGCAAUGCUCACCAGCACUGCAGACAGCUGCGAGCGCCGUUAGGGCUCGAGCCCUCGUCUCCCACCUUCUGCAAUCUGGGCAAGGACAUGGCUUUCACGGACAAGAUGCACGGCAGGGGGUAUUCCGUGCAUCUUUCACCGAAAUCAGAACUGUCUUUUGGCUAA